AGUUGGAUUAAAAGUUGAUGAAAUGGAUUUUGCUGAUCAUUUACGAGAAAAACUUUACAAUCCUAAGCACUCUAAAUACUUGUAUAAGUUAAGAGUUGCAGAGUUGAGAGUAGAAUAUUAUGAAGAAGAAGAAAAAUUCUACAUUAAACAAUUAGAAAAAGAAUAUGAUAGAUUUUUUACUUUAGAAGUUAUAAGAGAAGCAAGAAACUUGCUUACUGAAUAUACAGAAGAAGAUUGGAAUCGCCUCUUUAGUAAAGUAAAUAGUGAUUUAAGUAAUAUGCUUGAAGUAGCAAUUUUAUUAACAAAAAUCUUUCAGCCUCAAAAAAAAGAAAUAUUGGAUAAUGAGUUACUAAAAAAGUUCAUCAGAAUCAUUGAAAAAUCACCCAUUCAGUUUUUACACCAGAACUACAAAAAGAAUGAGAAGAAAGAAGCCUCGAUUAUGAAGAAUGUAAAGAGUGAAUUAAUUAAAGGAAAAUUAAGAGCAGAAUAUGCACAAUUUGAGCAAGAAGUAAAAACAGGUGUCAAACUUAGUGCCGAUGUAAUUGAAAAAGGACCAAUUGAAAAGUGGGAUGCUAAAGAUGGUCAAUGGCUCAGGAAAAAAGACAAAGUUUAUUCCGAGAGGGGCUAUAAUAUAAGCCUUGAUUAUAAAUCAGUUGCUUUAAAAGAAUUAUAUGACUCCAAAAAUGUGUCAGCCGAAUUUUUACGAGAGAUAACCUAUUGUAAACUGGUUGGAGGAGUGUCUUGCUACGGCAUUUCCCAAAAUCCCACAACCAAGAAUUAUGUUAUGGUUAUGGAUUACAUGGAAGGUGGUAAUUUGAAGCAAUACUUACAAAAUAAUUAUGGCAACAAAAGUCAAAUAUACUUAAAAGGCAAACUCUGGCAAUUAUUUUUGUUGUGUAGGCCGAUAUUUGACAAAGAAAUGAAAGCAAGUUUAGAAAGAGGUUUCAAAGGAAUUGUUAAACUUUAUCAACAGUUUACAGGAGAAGAAAUAGAAAUAGAUAAUCCACUAAAACUGUUGGAAGCAAUGAUGACUUUAAAAUUAGAAUUUUUUAAGAAGUACAAUUACAAUAAUAUAGAUGAAUUAGAAAUAGCAUUUGAAAAGUUGUUUUUCUUAGUAUCCCACGAUAAAUUGCAAAACACUUCUGAACAAAUUAAUUUUGAAAUUAGGUCUACUGAUUUUACUGAGUCAGAAUUUACCCAACCAACAUUGUUUACCGGCGAAGAUCGCACGAUAUUUCUUAACCAUUUAAAACUAGUUGCGAAUCCGGAGAAUUUUUAG